CCAGCGAAACGAGUCGGGGCUCCGAUCAGGGCUUUACUCGGUCCUCCUUCUUCUCUCGAGUCGCUCAACAGAGUUAGGGCUUAGGGUUUCGAAACACCACCACCAUUUGUGAUCAACCGAACCGAAAUUUCCAAGCCACCAUGGGUUCAUGCAAAUCAGCUAUGGAGUUAUGGAGAAAGAAGGAGACUGAUGUUUUGAGGACAGUAUUGAGACAGAGAUGGCGGGAGUACCAUGCUUUCCAUUCAACUGAGAUCAAACCAGAUAAACUUACGGGUGUGAUAAAUUCAAGCUCAAAAACACAUUUUAAUGUAAAUAAGAAUGAUAUCACAAAGGUUCUACUUAGAAAUAACGAAUUUACUCUUCUUCAUCAAAGGCAGUAUUCAAGAGAAUGUACAGUUCGUCCGUGGUCGCAUUCACAACUCAUGAAAAAUUAUUGUGCAAACACUAGGACUUGUUCCCUUGUUAGAUCCAUUUCAUCACAGGCUCCAAAGGAACCAAGAAAAAAGGCCAAUGAGACUAAAAAGGACAUAUCUACCGUUGAGGAUCCCUUUGAUUCUCCAACAUAUAAUAUUCCCGAGAAGCCAUUAUCAUUUACAGAAGGUGCUUCCUACAGUCUUCUCAUUAUUGCGGGACUUGGUGUUGCUGCAGCUGCAGCAUAUGCCGUUUUCAAGGAGCUCAUAUUCGAACCCAAAGAGUAUAAAAUAUUUGGCAAGGCUCUAAAGAGAGUUCAAGAUGAUGUUGAGGUCAGGGUGAGAGUUGGUUACCCUAUCACGGGAUAUGGUCAAGAAAGUAGAAAUCGGGCUGCUCGCCAACGCAUUCCCAACAGGGCAUGGACCGAUGAAGAGGGUGUGGAGCAUGUUGAGUAUAUAGGUGAACUUUUAUAUUCGUGGACCUAAUGGAGCCGGGAAAGUCUUUGCCGAGAUGUACAAAGACAAAGCAGACAAUCAAUGGAAAUUUACUUACUUGAUUGUUGAUAUCAAAUCACCUUCCCCUAAACAGUUGAUCUUAGAGUCAUACCUACCGGCUUAUGCCCCGGCUUAAAGAUUCAGUCACUCUUCACAACGAAGAAUAAAAUCGGUCCUUUCCCAUAAACAAUGUUCAAAUUAACAUGGCGUAGAAGCGUAGUUAUGUUAAUAGUUGUUUCUUAUUCUUCCCAUUUUUUUCUUGAAAGGGUUGAGUUGAGGUAUAAAUUGCUUUAUUUUUCUUCUUCGAGUUCUUGAGGCCCGGAUUUAGAAUGUUUUCGAUCUGCUUCAACAAUAAUUAUAGUGACAUUGAUUAUUGAGAAUUAUUAUAUCUUAUUUUUUGACUUUGAGAUGUUGAGAACUAAACUUGGUACU